AUGGCGAAGGGUGUACCAAUCCCUAAAGAUCCCAGACCUAAAUACAGCAAGUUAUACAGACAGAGGGUAUUUGGGGAUAAUGGUGAACCAGGAGGGCUGCUAUCCCCAGGAAGCUCUAUACCUAACACCCCAGAGCCUGGCCUACUCUCCCCAAGAUGGGCAUUGGCUUCAAAGGCUGAUAAACAAAAGCGAGAGGCUCACAAAGCAACUAGUGCUGCUAAACCUGAGCCCCACAUAGCAACUAGUUCUGUCAGACCAGAGCCCCACAAAGCAACAAGUGCUGCUAAACCUGAGCCCCAUAUAGCAAUUAGUUCUGUCAUACCAGAGUCCCACUUAGCAACUAGUUCUGACAGACCAGAGCACCACAUAGCAACUAGUUCUGACAGACCAGAGCCCAACAAAGCAACAAGUGCUUCAAAAUCAGAGACCCACAAAGCAACUUGUGUUGCCAAGCAAAAGCCCCACAUAGCAACUUCAUCAGAGAAACCUAAUAUUAAACAAGAAUCCACAGACACAACUAUUGAGUCUCAAGACCAUGAUGAUGCCAUUAAAGCACCAGUUGUGGAACCUACUGUCAAAGUAGAAAAGACAGAUGGUCAGAAGGCAGCAGAUUUGUUCUUAAAAAAGAUGCAGAUGGCAACUAAAACAUUACCUGACACAGCCACCCACCCCACUGACCCAGAAAAGGUGAAAUCUACAGCCAGGGAACUGAACUACUUGUAUGAAAAACACAAGUUCAUCAAAGAACAACUUAAGGCUGAGGACCUCACUAUUCAACUAGAGAAGAAGAAACCUGUCAUCAGUAAAGUCCGCAAGACUCCUGUUGAUGAGGUUGUUUAUGUUGAAGACAGCAGCUCAUCUGACGAAGAGGAGGGUGAAAUAGAUGAAAGACCAAAAGGACUGUUAAGAAUUCCUAAUCUCAGUCGGAGUACCUCAAGGCAGUCAUCAAGACCAGACUCAAGGUCCUCUGUUAGAUCUAUAUCCCCACAUUGUUCCCAAAGAUCAAGCCCUUCACGGCAUUGUCAAAGAUCUAGCUCCCCUGGAUACAUACGUCGGUCCCCAUACAACAAGCGUAGGUCCAACUCCCCCCUUGGAGAAAGAGACAGAGGAUGGCACUCCUCAAAUAAAAGAUCAAGAUCUCCAAAAUAUGACACUGGUUCCAGAUCCAAAUCUCCUCAGGGCAGAAGUUGUGUAAAGACAUCACAUAGAUCAAACUCCCCUUCAAAAAGAGGUAGAUCAAGCUCCCAUGGUCAAAGAUCACCAUCUCCAGAGUCAAGAUCAAACUCGCCUUGGAAAGACUGGAAACGUUAUAAAAGAUCUCGAUCCCCAGGCUACAAAUCUCAAUCCCCUUCCUACAGAUCACGAUCCUCUCACUAUAGAUCUCGAUCCCCUGGAUACAGAUCUAGAUCACCAAAAAGAUCACCCUCUCCACAUAAAAAACACAGGCCAUCCUCACAUGAUAACAAAUCAGCCAGACACCAUCGUUCAGUGUUUGACAGGCUGGAAGAAAACUUUAAAGAACAGCAUGCAUUCAAUGAAAGUCUCAUUGAAAUGGCAAGUGGAAUCCCUCUCAGUGCUACCAAACCCAAUAUAGUAAGCCCUGAAAGUUUAACUAGAAGUGUUGUUCGAGGUGAAGUGGCCCAAGAGACAGAUGCUAGUGAUGAUGAUAAUGAUGAUGAUGAUGAUGACACACGCUAUGUCGUUGUAGAUGAAAUCAAACAAGAGGAGUCUCCAAAGAAAAAGUUCAAGGCAGUACAUAUUAGUCCCCCUAGAGAUGACCUUAGGGAUAGGCUAUCACGACCAGCACCUGUGAAGGGUGAGCAAUAUGACCCAGAAUACCCGACAUGUGGUACCUCACCCCAGAAGCCACAGCCUCCACCCCCAGGAACUGUACCCCCUAAGACAGAUUGGAUGCCUGCACCCGGUCCACCACCUCCACAGAUGUACCACCAUCCACAUCCUGGUGUGUAUAAUGUGAAUGUGCAUUGGCAGCCCCACCCAGGACACUACCCAACCUCAGGCUACUACCCCCACCCCAGCAACGCCUACCCACACUAUGUUUACAGACAUUAGAAGUAUCACCCAGUAACCCCCCAGGGCUGUCUGUCAGGUGUGAAUUGAAGCUACUAGUCACACCCAUUCACGAUUGUAUUGCUGGCCCGAAACAAGACAAUAACACGAUUAUUACACAAGAUUUGAAAUUGAGCAAAUCUGCCAAAUUAAGUAGGGUCAAAUUCAUGUGUAUCUACAGUAUGUAUGGUCAUAUCUGAUAUCCACA